AUCACCACAUAUGCUCUAAACUCUCUUAAAAGCACUAAUUUCUUCAUCUUCUAAUUCCCGUUUAAAUGAUUCCCAGAAGCCCUAAUUAGAAAUCGUAACACAAAUUUCUAUACCUACACAAUCAAUGGAGGACACAGAAGGGGGUCUCAGCUUCGACUUCGAGGGCGGUCUCGACGCGGGUCCCGCCGUCCCCACCGCCUCCAAUCCCGUCAUACAAGCUGAUUCCUCCCUCAUAGCAAACCCCAAUUCAUCCGUUCCUUCUGCUGGCGGAGCUACCACGGCUGAUCCUGUUGCGGCGGGGGUUAACCAUACUGGGCGGAGGAGUUUCCGGCAGACGGUGUGCCGGCACUGGCUACGUAGCCUUUGUAUGAAGGGUGACGCCUGUGGGUUCCUUCACCAGUAUGACAAGUCUAGAAUGCCGGUUUGUCGGUUCUUUAGAAUGUUUGGAGAGUGCCGUGAACAAGAUUGCGUGUAUAAACACACUAACGAAGAUAUCAAAGAGUGUAACAUGUACAAGCUGGGGUUUUGUCCAAAUGGUCCUGAUUGUCGCUAUAGGCAUGUGAAGUUGCCUGGACCACCUCCUUCUGUGGAAGAAGUCCUUCAGAAGAUUCAGCAAUUAAGUUCAUACAAUCAUGGCAACUCAAACAAAUUUUUUCAACAACGGAAUUCUUUUCCCCAACAAACAGAAAAAUCUCAGUUUCCACAGGGUUCCCAUUCCGUCAUUCAAGGUGCCACGGGGAGACCUUCGAUAGUGGAGUCGACUAAUGUUCAGCAGCAGCAGCAGCAAGUUCAACAACCCCAACAACAGGGUACCCUGACCCAGAUGCAAAACCUUCCCAAUAGCAUACCUAAUCAGGCAAACAGAGCUACACCCUUGCCCCAAGGAAUAUCUAGGUACUUUAUUGUUAAAAGCUGCAACCGUGAAAAUCUGGAAUUAUCUGUACAACAAGGGGUUUGGGCAACUCAGAGGAGCAAUGAAGCUAAACUAAAUGAAGCCUUUGACACUGCUGAAAAUGUGAUUUUAAUCUUCUCAGUCAAUCGAACUCGACACUUCCAGGGUUGUGCCAAGAUGACAUCGAAAAUUGGUGGGUCUGUGGGUGGAGGGAAUUGGAAAUAUGCACAUGGAACUGCACAUUACGGGCGGAAUUUCUCUGUCAAAUGGUUAAAGUUAUGUGAACUAUCAUUUCACAAGACUCGCCAUUUGAGGAACCCAUACAAUGAAAACUUACCAGUGAAGAUUAGUAGAGAUUGUCAGGAGUUAGAGCCCUCUAUUGGUGAGCAAUUGGCUUCCUUGCUUUAUCUCGAACCAGAUAGUGAACUUAUGGCUAUAUCAGUUGCAGCAGAAGCAAAACGAGAAGAGGAAAAAGCAAAGGGAGUCAAUCCGGAGAAUGCUGGGGAUAACCCAGACAUCGUCCCAUUCGAGGACAAUGAAGAAGAGGAAGAGGAAGAAAGUGAAGAGGAGGAUGAGAGCUUCGGAUCUGCAAGUCAGGGCAGAGGGAGGGGCAGAGGAAUGAUGUGGCCUCCUCACAUGCCUCUAGCACGUGGGGCUAGACCAAUGCCUGGGAUGCGAGGUUUUCCGCCUGUUAUGAUGGGUGCUGAUGGAUUUUCAUACGGACCUGUUGCACCUGAGGGUUUUCCAAUGCCAGAUAUGUUUGGUGUGGCUCCCCGUGCUUUUCCACCAUAUGGUCCUAGGUUUUCUGGUGAUUUUACAGGGCCAACUGGCAUGAUGUUUCCUGGGCGACCUCAAACAGGGGGUGUGUUUCCAGCUAAUGGAUUUGGGAUGAUGAUGGGUCCAGGUAGAGCCCCUUUUAUGGGAGGGAUGGGGCCCAAUGCUACAAAUCCUCGAGCUGGUCGGCCAGUUGGUGUGCCCCCGAUGUUUCCACCUCCACCAUCAUCCUCUCAAAACACUGGCCGUUCUUCUAAGAGAGAUCAAAGGGCACCAAAUAAUGAUCGCAAUGACAGAUAUAGUACAGGGUUAGACCAGGGCAGGGGUCAAGAAAUGGCUGGUCCAGGUGGGGGACUGGACGAUGAUACACAGUAUCAACAAGAAGGAUUAAAAGGACACCAUGAAGAUCAAUUUGGUUCUGGAAACUUCAGAAACGAUGAGAGUGAGAGUGAGGAUGAGGCACCAAGGCGGUCCAGACAUGGUGAGGGAAAGAAGAAGCGGCGAGGCUCAGAAGGUGAGGCGGGCAACAGUUCAGAUCACUAGUAGAUGCUAUCUACCGAGCAACAGAUUGCAAAACUGCUAACCAGAAAAGCGAGUUUGCCCCCGACAUUCUUCCCUCCCACCAAAUACCUACUUUAUUGUAGAACGCGACUAAACUAAUCAAUUCCCAGUGAUGAAUUCUUUGUUUUGUAAUUCAUAAAUUUCAAUGAGGGUCUAUUCCCAUUGUGUGGGGGUUGGGGGCAAAAUAUUCAAAUAACUGUUAGAUGUGUGCAUAUUUUUGUAACCAAAUGAAGAGAAUGAUAAUGCUAUUUUUUUUAACAUUUCACCAAA